AUGGGAAACUCAUCAUCUUCAAAAUCAUCAUCGAAGACAUCAAACAAUGUUUCUAAACAGUCUAAUAGUAAUUAUUUAAUAGCUAUAUUUAGCUACUUAACAAUAGCAAUCUCCAUAACUUCAUUUAAAAUCAACAGGAUAAAUUCCUCAAAUUGGAGGCCACAAGUACCAACUUUUUGAUGAAGAAAUCGCUAAAAAUUUGGAAGACCCAAUUGCAGAAUAGCAAGUUAUUGUUGAACAAUAAGUUUAACAAAUUGAUAUUGAUGCAAAAGUAGGAGAAGCUAUUGAGAACAUUCAUGUCAAUAUGAUACCUAGAUAAGACGUAGUUACUUUAAGUUAAUUCGCCUAAACUUUACCAGUGAUAUUAUAGGUUUAAGCAAUUAAAUCAUAAAUGAAACAUGCUAAAGCAAAUAUUGAUUUAGUUUGUGUAGUCGACGUUAGUGGAUCAAUGGAAGGUAAUAAAAUUAGCCUUGUCAAAGAUUCAUUAAGAUAUAUCUAAAAAAUAUUGAAUCCAAACGAUAGGUAUUCAGUUGUAUAAAUUAUUAGAAUUGCUUUAGUAACAUUUGGCACAUAUUCAGGUAUUAAUUUGCCUUGGACUCUCAAUAAACCUGAAAAUAAAUAAAAAAUCAAAGAUGCAAUUAUUGGCAUGACAAUUAGAGACUCUACAAAUAUUGCAGAUGGUGUUAAAUUAGGAUUGAGAAUGAUUAAAGAGAGAAAAUAAAAGAACCCUGUUACUUGUAUGUUUGUGUUGACUGAUGGACAAGAUGAUAACAAAGGAGCAGAUGAAAGAUGCUAAUAAGCUAUUCACGAAUACCAAAUUUAAGAUACCUUCGUCAUUAAUUCUUUUGGUUAUGGACAAGAUCAUGAUGCAAAAGUAAUGAAUAAUAUCUCAAAUUUAAAAGGUGGAACAUUCACUUUUAUUGAAAAUAUAGCAAAGGUAUUCUUUAAAUUGUUAUCAUUAGGCUUCUGAACAUUUUAUUUUGGCAAUGAGUGGAAUGUUAUCAGUUUUGGCCAAGAAUGUUAAAUUAGUAAUUGAAGAAAAUCCUAACUAUCCUAUCAAGAAACUCUAUGGGGAUGAUUUUCUUUGGCAUAAACUCGAAGGAUCUAAAUAUGAAAUGAUUAUGAAUUACUUAUUGGAAGGUGAGAAUAAAGAAUUUGCUUUGGAAAUCGAAAUACCAUCAAACGACAAAAUAAAUUCAUAAAAUGAGAUAGUAUUAAGAUCCAAUUUAGCAGGUGAAUUUUUAGAACUUAAAACUAAUUUUACAAAAUAACAGGAACUAAAUAUCAAAUUUUCUUUACAAGAAGUUCCAUUCGAACCAAAAGAAAUUGUCGAAGUUAACUAUUUGAGAGCAAAGGCUGGCACUGUUAUUGGAGCUGCAAAAGAAUUAGCAAAACUUAAAAAAUAUGAUUAAGCUCAGUAAUCAUUAAACUAAAUGCUUGACGAACUAGAACAAUCACAUUUUAUCGCCUCAAAAGCAUUAGAAAUUGUAGUAGCUGAUUUGAAGUAAAUUAAAGAUAUUUGUAAACCUUAACUAUUUGAAUAGAAAGGAGAAGCUUUGAUGUUAAAUAAAUAGAAAAAUCAUGUUUAGAGAUAAUAAUCAUUAAGUAAUAUUCUUUAUAAAUUUCUUAGAUAAUUCUAUGGAAUGGAAUAGCGAUCAAGAAGAAUAAAUAGAAAAUUAUAAAAAUGGAAAUUUACGUUUGAGUGUAUGUGAAAUGGAUGAUGAUUAUCAAAAAAAUGCACAACUUGAUUCCCCUGUUUAAUAAUUUAGAAAAAAUUCAGGAGAUUCCAACCUAUCAUUUUGA